GAGACUACUAGGCUCUCGGGUCCGCGCGUCCGCGGCCUGGCCGGCGGAGAACAUGGCGCUACCCCCGGCCGCCGCACCCCCCGGGGCUGGCGAGUCUCUCGGCCUGCUGCUGUCGGCGCUGCAGCCCGAGCCUGUCGGCGUCCCGCUGCACUCGCCGUGGACCUUCUGGCUGGACAGAUCACUCCCUGGUGCCACAGCAGCUGAGUGUGCCUCGAACCUGAAGAAACUCUACACUGUGCAAACAGUACAGAUAUUCUGGAGUGUGUACAAUAACAUCCCUCCUGUGACCAGCCUGCCUUUGAGAUGUAGUUAUCACUUAAUGAGAGGAGAGAGGCGACCACUUUGGGAGGAAGAGAGUAAUGCCAAGGGUGGAGUGUGGAAGAUGAAAGUUCCCAAGGACAGCACGUCCACAGUUUGGAAAGAGUUGUUGUUAGCAACCAUUGGGGAGCAGUUCACAGACUCUGUGGCCGCAGAUGACGAAGUAAUAGGGGUGAGUGUGAGUGUUCGGGACCGAGAGGACGUCAUCCAGGUCUGGAAUGUCGACGCUUCCCUUGUGGGCGAAGCUACUGUGCUAGAGAAGAUCCAUGAACUCCUGCCUCACGUGUUUUUUAAAGCCGUGUUUUAUAAACCCCAUGAAGAGCAUCAUGCUUUUGAAGGUGGACGUGGAAAACACUAAUUGCACUCUGUAAAGAAUUCUUUAUCCUUUGCUGAUUGGUUUUGGAAACGGUCUUAACAGGAGGGAGUGAAGAGAAGACUUGCCGAAGCCUGAUGCUGGUCCAUUUAGAGUGGGUUUCUGUCCCUACAGACUGGGUGGUUAGGACUCCAAGUGGCAGGUGGGGUUGUGGGAGAGCGUGUGGGUUUCUGCCAUCAUAUCACUUGGGUUGUUUUUUGUUUUUGUUUUUUAGUUUUCUAAAUUCUCUGUUCUUUGCACUCUUCCCCCUCCCCAUAAGAUUCCUUAUUCGGGGUAAUUAUUGUUUUCUGCACACCCUUUCAUCGAGGCAUAAGAACUGGGUUUCCCCUUCAGUAGCUCCACAGUACCUUGUUAAGGAACACCUGCCACGGGGCUGCCUGUGAAGCCACAAAGCACCAGGAGGAAGCCUAGCCUAGCCAAACCCCCUUUCUGAUAAAUUGUUGUGACACUUGCCUGCAUACUGUGAGCUGGGCAUUGUUUCUUGUGUGUAUGUGCUCCAUAGAAACCAUACCCAUUGACAGCACACACAUCUUAAGACCUUUUUAAAAAGCAGUAUAAGGAAAAGAAAUUGUUGGUUUGCCUAGCAUGAAAACUUUAAUCACAAUUGAGUGUCAGGCUCAAAAUCAAACUCUAGGAUUUGGGGGCCCACUGUGCAAGUAUUUCUAACCAGUAUCCCACUCUGGCCUUUCAGCAGAAGCCCAUGAUUUGUUCAGAGAGGAAAUCUGCUAUUUCUGAUUUGCAGAGGAGGCCAUGUUCACUACCUGUGUGGAAUGGGCUUCUUCCUCAGUUCCCACAGUGUUGCCCACUUUCCACGGCAAUUCUACCCCUGUGUUAAGUCACCCUCCCUUUUGCCAGCCCUGUCAUAUGUCCUUUCUGAAGAUGGAUGGCUCUCCUGGGGAGGUUGUCUUUUCUCUGCAUUAGCACACUGUUGCAGGAAGCACCAGGGAGCUCACACAGUUGAGCUUGAGUGCAUCUCGUUCCUAUAACUGUGUUAUUAGAUAUUGGAUUAUACUACCAAAGAAACAUUGGUUAUAGUAGAAGAAAACCUUUCAGAGUAUUGCAACUCCUCCCAAAUGCUCCUGUCUCCCUCUCAACUUUGCCCAUUUCCUGGUUAUUUUCCCUGUGAAAGGGCCUCCCUCCUCUUGGCUUGGGUAUAGAGCCAUGGGACCAGUGAAGCUUCUAUAUUUCUCAAAAGGGCGAAUAUUUAAUUCCCCUUGCACUGUCGGCCAGUGGAGAGAUGGGACUGCUCUAAUCCUCCCACAUGUAUUUAUAAAUAAAAUUCCCCAUUCAGAUACUUUAAA